UUGUGUUUAUCGGAAUUUUUCUUUAACCUUCACGUCGUCUUUGUUUAAUUGCGUCCUCUGAUAUGAUAAUUCGUUUCAAACGUGGCUUAUUUAUUUAAUUUUAUUUACAUUAUUCCGUAGGCAUUUAUAUUUAGUUUAAUCCGCACGCAUCAAAAGCCUGUGUAAAAUAUGCAUGCCGAGUGACAAAAUGGGCAUUUCAGGCAUUCAAAAUUUGCCUGUACUUCUCUUUUUACUCUUUCCAUUUACAUUUCUAGGAACGUAUUUAGCAGGAGUGUUACAGGGCCAUGUGGAACCUAAUUUCCCUUAUAUAAGCGAUGCAGCAUCUUAUCCACCAGAAAGUUGUGUUUUUAGCCAAUUGAUAAACCUCGGAUCUGUGCUAAUGGUUUUGUUAAUAUAUGUAAGGUAUUGUGCAAUAUGCCAGUACUAUGAGCUCUACUCGAUAUCGCCUAAUAUAAUGGUGUUAAAUAAGCUUGGCCUGUUCCUGGGGAUUUGUUCUGCCCUAGGUCUCAGCAUUGUAGCUAACUUUCAAUCAUUGGCGGUUAAAACGGUUCAUUUUGCUGGGGCAUGUCUCUGUUUUGGAGCCGGCACUCUCUAUUUUUGGAUCCAGGCAUUAUGUUCCUAUCAGAUGCACUCAUUAGUACAUAGCAUUAUCUUGGCUCAUUUUCGUGUUGGCCUUUCAAUGGUUUGUACUGUAUUUUUCGUUAUUUCAUUAGUCACCGGUGUGCAGUCACGUAUAGAGUUUGAUGGUGAUGAUGUGACAAAAUGGUACCCGGAUGAUAAAGGCUGGAUGCUACAUGUAGUAAGCACUGGAUCAGAAUGGAUCACGGCAACUUGCUUUUGUAUAUAUAUUUUAACAUUUUAUUCAGAAUUCAGCCUUAUUUCCUUCACACAUCCAAAGAUUAAUCUUAGACACCAUAUAACAAGCGAAUGUGAAGAGGAUUUGUUGCAUAGCUGAUGCUUAAAUGAAGCGAGUAAAGCACGAAGAAAUUCAGUUCUCAAAAGAGACAGAAUAGAAGAACAUUGCUGGGAAAUAUCCAGUGAGGAAACAGCUCUAAAAACAAAAUUUCUCUCUUUAUCAGUCUCUUUUGUUAUUGCAGCAACUGCUGUAAUACAGGCUCUUAGUUCUUUAGGUCAUGUUCUACAAAGCUUUCUCCAAAUAUUUUCUUGGGAUGAUGAUAACAUAUGAUAUGUGUUGUGUUUCGCCAAUUCAUAUAGAAUUUUUUUAUUUAACAAUCAGAUAGUUGUGUAUGCACAUUUAUUUUUAUUGUAUAUACUAUGUAAUUAUAUUUUAUUAAUGCAAUUUGAUUGGUUUAAAAAAAAUUUAGUUCCAUAAAUACGCACUUCAUAUAGGAGACUGUAAAAUGUACAAGCCCUAGCUUUAAGAAUAGUUUUGUUUUGAAAAGUUAUUCAAUAAUUUUUACAAUUAAAUUAGAUUAAUAUUAGUAGAUAGUCUUCAAAGGUAUUUUAAGAGGCAUCAGUAGCUAAAGUGGAUAGAUUGUAGACAUGGCAUCUUAUUGCUGUAAGGGUCCCCUGGGUUCAAAUCUCUGUGACCCUAACUUCAAACCCAACAUACUUCCCCCCCCUCCCAAAAAAAAGCACCCGUACCCGAGGUGUUGAUUUGACCUCAUAGUUAAAAUGCAUCCAUAAAAAUAUAUAUAUAAUCUAUCCACUACCUUAAAUCAUCGCCAAGCCUCAUACAGCUAGCGCCACAAAGCAAAAAUCAGGUGCAGUAAGAUGGAAAAUAGAACAUCCCUAUCCAGACUUUUCACCUUGUGUCUUUCAUCUUUUUACACCUCUCAUAAAAGCACUUAGUGGAAGCCAGUGAUUCGAUGACAGCAAAGUGGUGGAAGCAUUUGAGCUCCAAUGGUUACAAGAACAUUCUAAGAGUUUUUAUGAUGUUAUAAUUUAAAAAAAAAAA